GCAUCAAACGAAAAUCAGAUCUUAUGGCAAUAGCAACUAGUGAGCCGCAUCAAAAAUAUCUUCUUCUUUUUUUCUUUCACAAUAAGAAGCAAAAGAAUGCCUACAGAAACUCAAGAUCCAGUGUCUGACAUAUCUUCAUCACCAUCAAAAGCACAAGAACAACAAAAUCAAGAUGCAACUGAGGAUCCAAAAGAAGAUGGAAUGGCAGGAUUAGAGUUUCAAUUGGAUGUUGGCAUUGACACAGCCACUAGACUCGCAAAUCUAAGGGGAUCUAGUUCUUGACGUUGUUAAUAGGCAAUAAGGUUGUAUUUUUGUA